AGGAACGUGAGAAGUUCGGGGGAACCUGAAAUGGUUCCACCACAUGGAACAGGUGAAGGCUCCCCGUUCCCCCCCCCCGGUGCUUCGGGAGCUGCCGCUGCUCAGACGGAACAUGGAGGAGCUGCACCAGCUGCUGGGGGGGGCACAGCAACAGGCACUGAGACUGGAGGCCGAAUUGGAGGCGGGGCUACAGCGCCGGGGGGCGGGGCUUAACCGAGCGCAUCGGCUGCUCCUAUUGGCUGAGGCAGCUGACAGUCAAAGGAAGCAGCUGAAGGCGGCACUUCCUGUCCCGCCCCCACUUCCAGGGGCUCUGAUUGGCUGCAGGCCGCUGGAGGCGGAGCCAGAGCUGGAGGCGGCCGUCGCCAUGGGAACAGAACCGGAAGUGCUGGCAGCGACUCGUGCCCUCUGCCGGAUGCGGGAGGAAGCCAUGAUGGAAAUGACGAAGCCACGCCCACUUCCGGAGAAGCAGCGUCUGCUGGCGGCAUCCAACCAGCAAUGGCUGCAGGCGGCUCAGGAGCUCCUUGGCCGCCAUUCCCCGCGCUCUGUGCUGUGGGCUCUGAGUCACAUGACCAAGGAAUCCAUCCGGGAGCUGCAGGCCCCGCCCAGGAGUGAGGACAUUGAACCCAAUGGGGAGCAGGGAGCUCCGCCCACCAUAGAGACCCUCAAUUUAGGAUUGUUGGAACACAGUGGGGGGGCUUUGGGCCCUGGCCCCCCCCAUAGCGGCUCGGCUGCCCCACAUGAGACAACGACUGCGGGACAUACAGGAACAGAUGGGGGAGGAGACAAGGUCUGACCCAUAAGUGACACCCCAGCCCCAUAAGUGACCACAUAGACCCAUAAGUGACCCCA